AUGAACGCCACGAAUCGAAACAGCUGCAACAACCCGACCCGACCCGACCCGUCCAUAACUCCACCACCCCCUCCGCCUCGCCUCGCCCGUCCCAGGCCCCCACCCCAGCUCAGGUCCUCAAACUCCUCACGCCGCGCACGAGCCGGAGCCGCCGAGGGCGCGCCCAUCCGACCCAGACAGAGCUCGCCUGCGCCUGCGCCUCCACCGAUCGGCAAGCGGGGGGAGAUGAGGGGUUCGUCGCGGAGGCCGGUGGCCGUGGUGAUGGCCUGGGUGCGGCGCCAGCCGCCCAAGGUCAAGGCCUUCCUCGCCGUCGUCGCGGGGAUGGCCGCGCUCGUCUUCAUCCGCUUCAUCGUCCACGACCACGACAACCUCUUCGUCGCCGCCGAGGCCGCGCACGCGCUCGGGAUCGCGGUGCUCAUCUACAAGCUCACCAAGGAGAAGACCUGCGCCGGAUUGUCACUCAAGUCUCAGGAUUUGACCGCAUUAUUUCUGGCUGUUAGGUUGUAUUGUAGUUUUGUUAUGGAGUAUGACAUCCAUACAAUUCUGGAUACAGCUACACUUGCAGCUACUCUUUUUGUUAUUUACAUGAUUCGGUUCAAACUAAGGUCAACAUAUAUGCUGGACAAAGACAACUUUGCCUUGUACUAUGUGGUAUUGCCUUGUGCUGUGCUAGCACUACUUGUUCAUCCUUCAACAUCGCACAACAUAGUGAACAGAAUCUGCUGGGCCUUCUGUGUUUAUUUGGAAGCAGUUUCAGUGUUGCCCCAGUUGCGCUUGAUGCAAAAUACCAAGAUUGUUGAGCCAUUCACAGCUCAUUAUGUGUUUGCACUGGGUGUUGCAAGGUUUCUUAGCUGUGCACACUGGGUCCUUCAGGUUUUGGAUACCCGCGGCCGUUUGUUGACUGCUCUGGGCUAUGGUUUGUGGCCCUCAAUGGUGCUUCUCUCCGAAAUUGUUCAGACAUUCAUCCUUGCAGAUUUCUGCUACUACUAUGUGAAGAGUGUUUUUGGUGGGCAACUGGUGCUGCGGCUUCCGUCCGGGGUGGUGUGA